AUGUCAGAUUCUUGUGGCGAUGACCCCUUGCCCAAGCCCCCGAUGGAGUUGGAAGUCAAAUGCCGCAAAGCCCUUGAAAGAUACGCAGCAAUCACAAAGAUGGAUGGCACGAGACACUUCCCUUCAGACAUUCACCGACAAUCUGCCAACAUCAGGACGUUCAACACUCAUGUCAGAGAUCGUCGAACACGCGCCGCACUGGCCCCUGAUUUUGACCAGGAUAUUGACAAGCAUAUCGCCACAAUGGCCGAAAGGUCACGCCCCAAAAAAGGGCGUCAAUAUCUCAGACAACAAUACCUUCUUAGAGAUGACCGCCGCUGUAUCAUGACUGCUACGUGGUGGGCCCUCCGUCGGUACUUCGACCUUUCCGACCGCAACUUCCACCCAGAUAUCCUCCACGGGCCCGAAAAUACCAUAUCCCUCACGAUUGAGUUCGUCAAGGAGUACCGCCAGUUCCGGAUAGCUUUGGAACCAGGAGAAGGCAAUGGAAAUAUCUACACCUGCCGUAUCAUGGAUCCAGAGACCCGGAGCAUGUCUGUAGAUCAUUUUGCUCCCCAAGAUCAGCCCAUCACCUUGACGCAUCAUGACAACAUUCCAAUGCCCAGUAGGGACCUUCUUAGAAUACAUCAUACCUUGGGUAAAAUCUUUCAUGUGAGCAAAACCACCGCUGAAUCUAUGACCAGAGUGCUGACUUGUGUGUAG